AUGCCGUACGAGUCCAUGAGUGAAUUGGGCUUUCAAGUGGUGAAGCAGGGUGCUGAAGCGAAGCUUUGGAGUGGAACAUUGUUCGGAAUGAAGUGUUUGGCCAAGGAGCGAUUUCCCAAGAAAUACCGCCACCCGGAACUCGACGAGAUAUUUUUCCACUCAAUUCCUCUUCAAAUUUUUAACUAUUCCUUUCAAACCAUUGGCGACAUGCAGGCGUUAUCGAAGAAGGGAAUUUUGGCGCCAGCGGUGCUUUUUCUGGACCUCGAGCGAAACGUUCUCUUUCUCGAAGAAAUCCCGGAAGCCCGAACCAUGUCCUCCGUCAUAGAAACCCGGACUGCUAGCGUAUCCGACCUGGGGUCUUCCGUGGGUGAAAUCGUGGGUCUCCUGCAUCGCCACGGGAUUAUCCACGGGGACCUGACCACGUCGAACCUGUUGCUGGAUCCGGAUCAACGCCUUUACAUCAUCGAUUUCGGUCUCUCCGAAGCGUCGACUGCCCCGAUGGAACGAGCAGUUGACUUGUACGUGCUUGAGCGAGCAGUGACGAGUGCGCAUCCGGGAAUCAGUCAAGACUUUUUGAAAGCCGUGUUCGCGAGAUACAAGGAAGUGUUUCCCGGAGGCGAGUCCACGUUUCCGGUGUUGCGUGAAGUGCGGAGUCGCGGGCGGAAACGAGACAUGGUGGGAUAA